AUGGUCGAGGAUCAUCAGGUUAUUUGGGAUCAGUUAAGGGCUCAGAUUGACGAGGUUAAGGAACAGUCAUCAACAGAUCUGAGCAUUCAUGAUGUUCACCAUUACACUGUGCUAUACAUCAGUGUAGCCGCGGUGAUCAUACUGGGUGGCGUCGUCGUGUACCUCAUCAGGAGUCGUCGAGCUGCGGCUAGGGCAGCAGCGUCGCCGGCCCCCCAGGGCCAGGAGGCUGCUGGGGCGGGGCCGGCGACAGUCGCGCCGGUGGAUCCGGCGCCAGUGGCGUCACAUCAAGCGCGAUCAGUGCUUAAGUGCAGUGAAGUGUUCACGAUCGGCGAUGAAGUGCAGGCGGGAAGCGUGCUUCUCCCUGCUUCCAGAAGGGGGCGGUACUUGGCAAACAUCGUUAGAAGGCAGGCUGUUGAUGGUACUGGCAUAAAAUUCAAUAAGGACGCUGACCGGAACAGUACUGUCCCUUCCGAUACGGAUAGGUUGGUAAACGAACAGACGGAUUACCUGAUGAUGAAUGCUGAAGCUAAGAAGAAAGUGGAUGUGCUGUCUGAGGAGUUGCUGCCUUAUAUCAUGGCUGAACAGGAACGGCGUACUACAUUGUACAGACGCGUCAUGACGGCCAUUCAGAGUGGGGAGAAAGGGGUCACCGUCGCUGAGAUCCGCAACAAACCACCUGCGAUUAUUAGAAAGGGUCUCAUGUAUCGGUGUCCGACGAACCGAGCUCCAAAAGAGCCUGAUGGCUCCGGCGUGAUCAUGUGUGAAGAAAACAUUGAACCAUCACCAAUCAUGUUCGAUGCUUGCCUCGGUUCAGAGGAUAAAGAACUCUUUGUUGCUAACAAUAAGUACUUCUUUUGCAACCGUCACAAAAUCGAGGGUCCCGAUCUACCGCGAAAUGGGACGUCGGUACUAGGUUGUUCGCCCUCCGAGAGAACUCCUCUGAAUUUCACCAGUCGAAAAUGUGCUUUGGAGGAUACAGAUGAUGUUGUUGUGCAUUACCGCUAUUAUCCAGAUCGAAGGACUACGAAUCGGAUGAAGGUAGUAUCUUCAUUUAUUUUAUUUAGGGUAGAGGUAAAUCAACCUUCGUUACCUGAUGGAGAAGAAAUAACACCACCUGUACCCGAGGACGAUAAAAAUGAGACAACAGUAUUUUCUCAGAAAUACAAAACUAGUAUGCGAAGGCUAACCAUACCACCGGGAUAUAAGUUCGAUGGUAUUGGCAAAUACCUACCUAAUGGAAGGAAAGAGCGAAUAUCACAUGAGUUUAAGGUAGUUGGUCAACUAACUAAGCAGCAACAAAACAGAGCUCGACAGCUUGUGGCUCUUGUACCAAAGCCGGGAGCAAAAUCUGAUUUGGAUGAAAGCGCUGGGCAGACGCGGCUUCAACCAAUAUCUCUUGUGAUGGUACCAGGGCAAAACUUGAACAAGACCUCCAUAUAUUUAACGUGUGUCAAGUGUGUACUACGAGGCAUCAUGUGGAGAUCCAGUGACAGCGUGCCACGGAACGUUGAAACUAAUAAAUAUCGAGUCAGAAAAUUCACUGACGGGCAAACCUAUGUUGAAAUCGAUAUUGGAAUUUUAACGCCUCAGAGCUUUGGCGAUUACUUUUUGAUAAUACAAAAUGAUGAUGGAAGCGAAGAGAAAUUUAAAGCGUUGACAAUUGAAGAUAAAAAUAACUUAAUUCAAAUACCCAUGUUAAAAUUCCCAUUACGCGUUGGUGAUCUUCUGGAUAAACCGCUAAAUUACAAAUGUAAAUCCAAAUGCGAACUUAAAGAGAUAAUUUGUAGAGGUGAAAAGGUACCGCAGACGAUAGCUGCUCCGAACCCAUCGUCCAAAACCAUCAACAUUCAUUUUUCUGGGUUCCAAGAUGAAAACGCUUGCGUGUAUCAAGCAAUAUUCAAAAUUGAUGAAAAAGAUUAUACAAAAGUUGUGGCCCUUGUGGAGAUCGCUUUCUCCAUCCCGCCAAACUUUGUGACCGCCCUGAAUAUAGUCGCGAGUCCGAACUCGCGCAUGGUACAGUCGAGUGGGCCAUACGUAAUCAACCAAUCCUACUACUAUUAUAAAGGCGAAAGUUUGUCGGCAAACAAGCAGACGGAUUACCUGAUGAUGACAGUAAAUGGGAUACCGAUGGGUAGAAGCUCUGAGACACGCCGAUCCAACGCUGGCUCAGUAGCGUUUUAUCUGCUGGCAGAAAAUACAGAAAGAACAGGGUCCAUCAUUAUAAGGAUAACUGAGUUCACAUCGAUAUACGAAGCAUUUUACCAGGCAACCUUCGAGAUAGGGGGAGAGCGCGUUACUAAGAAUAUUCUGGAGAUCGGAUUGAAAUCACCAGAACCAGAUGCUAAGUUUUACAUUCUAAUAUCUAUUUGUUCUUUUUUAUGUUAUAAGCAUAGAGCAGACGGAUUACCUGAUGGUAAGCAAUCAGCGCCGUCCAUGGUCACGGCGGCCAUGGAUGUGAGAUUGGAAAAGGAUGAAAGUGGCCCAACUACUGUCAAACCUGGUCUAGAUGGAAAGAAACACGAGGGUCAUAUGGAGCAGGACAAGGGACGGGAUGAUUUUUAUCUUAUAUCUGCUGCUGAGGAAAAAGGGGAGGCCUUUGCCCAGCAGAGGGACACACGAUAG